AAUGGGGGACGAGGCGGUAUGAAACGACUCAACCCUGCGGAAAACCAGAGCGCCUUUUAUUCCUCCCUUCUUUUGGAAACAUGAAGUUCUGUCUCGCCUUUUGCCUGGGCCUGGCCACUACCGCCCUCGCGGCUGUGCCGGGAUUUGACAUUUCUCACUAUCAGUCGAGUGUGGAUUUCGCUGCGGCAUACAACUCUGGGGCGCGCUUUGUCAUCAUCAAGGCCACUGAGGGAACAAGCUAUAUAGACCCGAUGUUUAGCAGCCACUACACCGGCGCCACCAGGGCUGGCCUCAUCCGGGGCGGUUACCAUUUUGCCCGUCCCGCCGCCUCCUCCGGGGCGGCCCAAGCUACCUUUUUCCUCGCUCACGGCGGCGGAUGGUCGGGUGACGGAAUCACUCUUCCGGGCAUGCUGGAUCUGGAGGGCGAUUGCGCUGGACUUUCGAGGGCCGCAAUGAUUUCUUGGAUAAAAGAUUUCAGCGAUACCUACCGCGGCAGGACUGGACGCUACCCGCUGUUGUACACAAACCCGUCCUGGUGGUCAAGUUGCACCGGCGGCUCCAGCGCCUUCGUUACUACCAACCCCCUCGUCCUAGCUCGUUACAGCACCAGUGCGGGAACGCCACCUGGAGGUUGGCCGUACUACACGAUCUGGCAGUUCAAUGAUUCUUACAGGUACGGCGGCGACUCGGACACUUUCAACGGCGAUCUUGCUGGGUUGCGGAGACUGGCUUCCGGCUGAUGGCCUGCCCCGGGGGGUGUAGGGGGGGUAUAUGUGGAUCAGCCUUCGCGGUAUAUAUAUGUAUGUAUGUAUGUAUGUAUGUGUGUAUAUGUAUAUUGCUAUCGGGUAUUCACCACCGUUGGAGGAAGCUGGACAAUAGGGCUUUGUGUCUUCGAGACUGGGAAACCUUGCUUUCGUUACAUUCAUUAGUGUCUACUCCUUCACCAUGCUCACUAAAUCGCAAACGGAUCAUUCAUGUUCACACGCGCAGGAGAUAUCGGACUACAUACUAGAUUCUGUUCCCACGUCUCACCUACCCUGCAGGUUAACUACUAGUUAGCUAUCCUGAAUCUACACUCGACCUGGCGUGACAGCCGGUGUUGUUUGGGUUACGACGGGACCAAGAUA